GAGUAAUAGGCUUAUCCACAAUCUCAUCGCCUCUCGUGGGUAUCAUUCGAAACAAAUCCAUAUUUCCUUAUUGCUCGAAAGUUGAUGGGAAGAUUACCUCACUAUUCCCUGAGUUCGCUAUCCAUUCGGCCUUCAUUUUAAAAUUCAUUUCUCAAUUUUGGCAAUGGCAGCGCCCAUCUGCUGCCCCUCCAUUGCAGCACCGAAAUGGGCUUCCACCGCUGCAUCGAAUUGUAGGCUUCACCGUAGGAAUCUAUUCACAAACGAAUUUAAUAAGAGCUUAUCCAAAUUCAGGCUAUCUAAUUGCACGAGCAGCACCAAAGGUUCUGCGUCGACUUUUUUCUAUCAUGGCAUCUCCGUUAGGUGUUCUGGAACUUCACCUAUAAAUCCCCAGAGGACAUGGUUUUCCUGGAAAAAUUGUGCUCUGUGCAUUGCCUUGGCAGCAACAAUUGCCACAAUACAGCCCUCUGUUACACCUGCUUCUUCAUUUGAAUCUGGGCCUGUAAUACAGGAUCUCUCUGUGUUGAUCUCCGGGCCUCCAAUUAAGGACCCAAAAGCUCUGCUGAGAUAUGCACUGCCAAUUGAUAACAAACCCAUCAGAGAGGUACAGAAGUCACUUGAAGAUAUCACAGAAAAUCUCAAGGUUCCAGGAGCUAGGGCAUUGGAUUCUGUGGAGAGGAAUAUAAGGCAAGCAUCCCGUAUUUUCAACCAAAGUAAACCAGCCAUUCUAGCAGGCAUUGCAGAAUUGAAGAAAGAUCAUGGACAAGAAUUGCUGGACAAGAUAACUGCUGGCUUACAAGAUUUUCAAAAGAUUGUGGAAGCACGAGAGAGAGAUCUUGUUGCACCAAAACAACAAGAGCUCCUUGAUUUGGUUGGAGGUGUUGAAGAAGAUAUGGUGGAUGGCUUCCCAUUUGAAGUGCCCGAUGAGUACUCCAGCAAGCCUCUUCUAAAGGGGAGGGCGACUGUGGAAAUGAAAGUAAAGGUCAAAGACAAUCCCAGUCUUGAAGAUGUCAUCUUUCGGCUGGUUCUUGAUGGAUACAAUGCCCCAGUUACAGCAGGAAAUUUUGCAGACCUGGUAGAGAGACACUUCUAUGAUGGCAUGGAAAUUCAAAGAGCUGAUGGAUUUGUAGUCCAAAUGGGUGAUCCUGAAGGGCCAGCAGAAGGCUUUGUGGAUCCCAGUACAGGAAAUGUUCGUAAAAUCCCCCUAGAAAUAAUGGUGGAUGGUGACAAAUCACCUAUAUAUGGUGCUACAUUAGAGGAGCUUGGACGGUACAAAGCUCGGACAAAGCUUCCAUUCAAUGCUUUUGGUACAAUGGCAAUGGCCCGAGAUGAAUUUGAUGAUGAUUCUGCGUCAAGUCAAAUAUUUUGGCUUCUCAAAGAAAGUGAACUUACACCUAGUGAUGCAAAUAUCUUAGAUGGAAGGUAUGCAGUCUUUGGAUAUGUGACUGAGAACCAAGAUUACCUUGCAGAUCUAAAAGUUGGAGAUGUGAUUGAAUCAGCACGGGUUGUAUCAGGCAUUGAUAACCUUGCCAAUCCGAGCUAUAAAAUUGCUGUCUGAUCCAAAAAUGACACUUUUGUUUACAAAUUUUAGUCAAAUUUUGAAUGAUUCAUUUCAUAAUUGAUUACCCAUCUCAAACUAUGCACACCACUUUAUUUGUCCAGUCUUACUGAGGCUGGUGAUUGAACAGGUAGGCAUUUCCUGUUGAGUUCAAUAUGGAUAACAAUUUCAAAUGAUUUAAAACAUUUCCCGGGAAUAUUAUACCAGUGCCAUCCAAGUGCAUUACAUCUCUAAACAGACGCCCAGGAGUUAUUGUAUUUCCUUUCAUAGAAAGGAAAACUUUUAUAUCGUUGCACCAUGAAGAACAUUGGUUGUAUGGGUUAGUCUAGGUAGAGAAGCCUUUAUGGGCAUUCGUAGCUAUUGCCAUUGAAUCUAGCUAUCACUUCUUGUCUUGCAGCAUAAAAUGUCUUCGUAGAUUCUUCGUGCAAGGGAUCACUCCAUUCGUUAAAUGAAUAAGGUUUUUGGAUCUGGA